CGCGUUGACGUCACGGGGCGGCGGCGCGCGCUGCUGAUUAGCAUCUCAUUAGCAUAUGACGCGCGCAGGAAGCGGCGGCGGCGGCGGCAUGGGGCGGAGCGGGGCCGCGCUGCGGCUGGCCCUGGAGGGGAACAUCGCCGUGGGGAAAUCGACCUUCCUGAAGCUGCUGGCUGCCACCUUCCCGCGGUGGCACCUGGUGACAGAGCCGGUGGCGCAGUGGCGCGAGGUGCCGGCCGCUGGCACUGCCCAGGGCUCCGGGGGCAGUGCCAACCUGCUGCAGCUGAUGUACCAGGAGCCUGCCCGCUGGUCCUACACCUUCCAGACCCUGUCGUGCCUGAGCCGCCUCAGGGCGGCCCUGGAGCCCCCCGAGGAGGGCGGGGGCACCCCCGGCACCCCCGGCACCCCCCGGCCCGUGCGCGUCUUUGAGCGCUCGCUCUUCAGUGACAGGUACGUGUUUGCCCAGAGCCUGUGGGAGGCCGGGCACCUGCAGCCGCUGGAGUGGGCGAUCUACCAGGACUGGCACGGGUUCCUGCUGCGCCACCUGGGGCCCCGCGCCGCCCCCCACGCCUUCCUGUACCUGCGCGCCAGCCCCCAGACGUGCCUGGAGCGGCUGCGGCGGCGGGCGAGGAGCGAGGAGGCCGGGAUCCAGCUGGGCUACCUGCAGCAGCUGCACGGCCAGCACGAGUGCUGGCUGGUGGCCAGGGCCACCGAGAUCCAUUUCCCAGCGGCGCAGAACGCGCCCGUCCUGGUGCUGGACGUGGAGCAGGACUUCGAGCACGACGUGGCCAGGCAGGGGCUGCUCAUGGCACAGGUGGAGGCCUUUGUGAGAUCCCUGGGUGCCCACCCUGUGCCAUCCCAUCCCGACCCCCUCGGCCACGGGCAGGGGACGGCGUCUGCCUGAAGACCCCGAGGACAGGGGACACGACCCCGAGGACAGGGGACACAAUCAUGAGAAGGAACACGAUCCCAAGGACAGGGGACACAACCCUGAGGACAGGGGACACGAUCCCACAGACCAGGGACACGGUCCAGAGGACAGGGGACACGAUCCCAAAAACCAGGGACACAGUCCCGAGGACAAAGGACACAAUCCCCAGGACAAGGGACACAGUUCCAAGGAGAAGGGACACGAUCCCGAGCACAGGGGACACGUCCUGGUCCCCACGGUCCCCCCAGCCCCUCUGUCCUGGCUGGGGCUGGAUCCUCAGAGCCGUGUGGGGUUUGGGGCUCAGGGGGUGCCCAGGUCCUUGCUGUGACCCCUGCCCGUUUUUGGGGUGGAAUUCCCGUGGAAAAUCCCCGGGUUGGACCCGACUCCCAUCAUUUGUUAAUUUAUAUUUCAUUUUUUUCCCUUGAAUUAAGAUUGAAUCUCU